ACUAGAAGCGAAUGAUUGAAAUAAGGGAAUAAAUCGACGUUUGGCUGUUGUGUCGGAUAAUGUCCUCUCUGCCUUUUGUUUAACGAAGCUGUCGCUGUAACUUUGUGAAGUCAGGGAAUUUUCUUUUUAAACGUGAUUAUUAAAAAUACCAUUCAAAUCCUCUGAGUUUAGAGGACAGCAUUUCUUUCUUUCUUUCUCUUUCUUUCUUUUUCUUUCUUCCUUCCUUCCUUUAUAUCGGGCGUUUGCAGAAACAUCUUGUUUAAUCAAUAAAUCUUCAGGCUUCGCGGAACUGAGGCCAUCGAAAGGAAAUUUCCCUCGCUGGAAAUUGUUUGUUGACAAUAACCGGACAGAAAGGCAAGAGUUGCUCUUAGCAGUCGCGGUGACACACGCGUUUACCAAAGAACAAGCAACACAUUUGCUUUGCACUUUGGCCCCGAUCCUGCAAACAUGUCCGCAACAAUCAUCUGAACCUGAGGUACGUGUACCCCUGCGGGUACGCAGAGAUCUUCCAGGGGGUACGUCAACUCUUCCAGAUAUUUGCCUGGUUUCACACCAGGCUUCAUAAAAGCACUAGUGAAGUCAGUACAAACUACAAUUUCAUACAGACACUGACUUGUUUAAACUGCUCUAUAGACUGUCCUCUGAAAUGCAAGUACAAUUUUUAUAUUCCAAACGAUUUACUUUAUAAAGUCUAGGGUGAAAAUGAGAAAGGCAGCAAUUUCUCAGUACGACUGUGCUGUGACAAUUUUGUAUUCUGAUGUCUGAUUUUGUAAGCAGGUCAUUUUUAAAUGAGGGGAAACUUGGGGGCGCACAAGACAAAGCCGACACCUGAAAGGGAAGCGGUCGUCUGGAAAGGCUGAGCGAUUCUGUGGAGCUCCGCAGAGCUAUGGCUGAUUCACACCAGCUGGGAAUUGGGCCGGGCACCGUUAAUUCCAGUCGGGCUACGGACGAUUGACACCAGCUGGGAUCUGGCCCAGUGGGUCUAGUAACCCAUAAGUGUUUCCAAAGUCGGAGCGUAAGACACAGCAGAGUGACUCAGGUUACGUACAGCAUGACCCCCCCCCCCCAACAAUAAAAUCCUUUAGCCCUGCUAUAAACAGUCUGAUCCUUUUUUAGGGCAGGGUUUUGUGCGGGGGGUGGGGUGCUCUGAAUGUCAGUGGGAAGUGGCAGCAUGUCAAAGAAACUCUCCUGUGGAAAUCACUAGCUUGAUAAUUGAGACUGAGUGAAGAUUCCCCAUUUAGCGCUUGAACGGAAUCAAAAUACCCACUUUGAAGAAAUGUAGCCCCAAACUUGCCUGUUUAAAAGGGAUCUAACCCAAUGCUUUUUCCAUUCAACAUGCCAUUAACCUGCAGAACUCCUUGCCACAUGAUAGCCACUUAGGCCCACGUCUUAGCAGCACUGAAAACCAUAAGGCUUGGCUGCUUACCUAGAUAAUAUGAAUCCCCAUUUAGAAUUACCAGGGUGAACUUGAUCAAGGUGAGUUUGGGAAGAGAGAGAAACUGGGUUAGACGGGCCCUGGGUGGCUGUGCCUAGCUCAUCACAGUUAUGUUCAAAUUCUGGGAUGACGGGUAAUUAGGAUCAAUCGAUUGUUGCCCAUUUAGGGCUCAUUCGUAACAAGUGCUGUGAUGGAAAACAGAAUAAAGAGUUAAUUUUUCCCCUUCAAAAUGUUGCGUCCUAAUUAGCUGGCCGGAUCAAUCCCCCAUUUGACACCAGGAUCAUCCUGGGGCUGGGAGAAAAUUUGCAAAACCUGGGAGAUUUACAAGAAAACCUGAGGUCAUUCCCAUCCCAGCCCCUCUCCGAUCUCAGCUGCGGGGACAGACACCCUGAACGUGAAACUUACCGUAAGUGUUUUGAAAUCUCAUUGGGACAAAUGCCAGGAGGGAUUAAAGUCAAAGGCCUGGGACAAUUAAUGUCGCUCCACUUUGAAAGAGCAGUGCUGAUUGACACCUGCUGGGAUCUGGCCCCAUUGACACCGGCUGGGGAGCCGGCCAAUGGUAUGCUGGAACUUUGAGCCCAGCUGCGAUAACCGUAUUGACGGGCUGUUUACAGUUUCCCUCUCCUCACCUGUCCUUUCUUGGCACGCGGGGGAUUGGCUGCUCUGGGACCGGGGUGGGGAUGGCUGGGCUAUAAACGCAGCCCUGGGUCGGGGACCCAACACAGCCACCAGCUCCGCCCUUUGGAGACACGACAGAGGAGCGGGAAAGAGACAGAAAAAUACCACAAUGAAGCUUCAAGUCGCCUGCGUGAUUCUCAUCCUCGUCAUCACCUCCACCAAAAACUCCUGCUGCUUCCCAGGCCAGACAGCAAAUCCUGCUGGUUUGUUAAGGCAACAAAUGGAGCCCAUAGAAGAAACUCCGGGUCCGCAGGCCCCGCUCCGCCGCGCCAAGCGCUUCAACAGCCACUUCCCGAUCUGCACCUUCUGCUGCAAGUGCUGCCGGAACCCGGGCUGCGGCUUCUGCUGCCACACCUGA